AUGCAUUCAGGGACUAAGAAGAAGAAAGAAGUACAUUGUCAAUUAAUUUGCUUUGGCGCAGGUGGAGAAGUUGGUCGUUCAUCUAUCCUUGUUGAAAUUGGAUCUAAAAAGGUUUUAUUAGAUUGUGGUGUAAAUUUUACAGCCACAGAUGAGAAAGACAGACUUCCAGCAUAUCAAGAUCCAUUCCCAAAGGUUGAUUUAGUACUUAUCAGUCAUAUUCAUACAGAUCACUUAGCAGCAGUUCCAUAUCUUACUGAAGUACUCAAAUGUCAAGCACCUGUAUACAUGACUCGUGCAUCACAAAUGAUGAUGCCUAUUAUGCUUGAUGACUUUCUUAAAGUUACCGAAAAUCCUCCAUACAAAGCAGAAGAUCUCACGAAUUGCAAGCCAAAAAUCAAAGUCGUCGAAUUUUACAGUCGCUUCGAAGCAGCUCCAGGCAUCUUCGUCCAAGCCUUCCCAGCGGGACAUAUCCUUGGCGCUGCCUGUUUCUUUGUCCAAGUUCGUGGUUUAUCAUUCAUUUACACAGGCGACUUUUCAGCGAUUGCAGACCAUCACUUAUCCGGUCAUGCAGUUCCUCGCCUGUUUCCAGACCUCCUUAUCACUGAAUCUACCUACGGAAAUCAAGUUCGAGACUCAAUCGCGAAACGUGAGCGAUCAUUCGUACAAAUGGUCCACCAGGUAGUUGGCGAAGGUGGCAAGGUACUCAUUCCUGUCUUCGCCGUUGGUCGUCUCCAAGAAAUAUGUUUAAUGCUCGAAGAUUACUGGAACAGAAUGGGAUACACGGAGCCAAUCUACUACACCACGAACCUCGGCGAGAACUGCAUGAAAGUCUACAAACAGUGCGUCAAUUGGAUGAAUCCGACCGUUCAAACAAAUUUAUUUGACAACGGAUCAACAGCCUUCAAGUUCACUUACUCAAGGAACUUCAAUCCCAAGAAGUCCAAGAUUGACGAAUCCAGAGGUCUCGUUAUGCUUGCUACGUCCGGUAUGUUAAAUCCGGGAACUCCAGCAUUUAAUUUCUUUGUCAACGAGAAAUGGUACGAUGAUCCACGCAAUAUGGUCAUAUUCCCGGGUUACUGCGGUCCAAAUACAUUCGGAAGAGCUGUUUUGACUCGAGAUUUGACCACAAACAGAGUUCAGUUCACUUCUCGUCGUCCGGCCAUGACGGUUGAUAUCAUUAUUAAAUGCAAAGUUGAAAGAAUCUCUUUCUCAGCUCAUGCAGACCAAUUUGAGAUAAUUUCUCUUUGUGAUCGCGUCAGACCAUCGAAAGUCGUUACAAUUCACGGCGACAAACCAUCAGUCGACGCCUUGGCAACGAGAAUCACUCAAACAACAGGAAUCCCUGCAGAAGCACCAAGAAAUAACGCAAAAGUGACAACUCCAACGAAAAAUCCAAAUGUUAUUUCUAUAUCUAGAGAUUGCGUUAACUUCGCUUUGGGACAGCCAUCUGCGUGUGAAGGAGUCAUUCUGAAGGACAGGGACAGGAGAUACAAGAUGAUUUCGCUGAAUGACUACAAGAAAAACUAUUCAAUCAAUGUCUACAAGUUGAAUAUUAAAAGAAGAGUUAAAUCUGCUGUUUCUAAGGAAAAAGUAGCAGAAAUGCUUAAGAAACUAUCAAUAGAAUACGUGAUAAAUGAAACUGAAAGCGUUUGCAAGGUAAUCGCUGGAGAAAUUACAAUCUCCUUUUUGGAAGAAUAUUUAGAAGUUUCUUUCCCUGUUGGUCAGAAAACAUUGGCAAACAAACUUUGCUGCUUGAUUGCACAAUAA